AUGCCUCUCGCGUCACAGAACACUGUGUUCAUCACAUACAACAACCCCACCGAAUUGAAGAGUAGACAGAAUCGCCGGGCUGUUUCGUCGUUUGCCUCCAAGAGCUAUAGGCCAACGUCGAAACGCAUCGUGCUGGACAGGACGCACUACCGUCCGUUUGUGCGACGCUCCGAGGGAGAUACGCCGCCAGCGACAGGCUCUAAGACGAAAAGGAAGAUCCCUCCGAGCGGGAAGCAAGACUCGGAAGAAUCCUCAACCCCUCUCCCUCAAGAAGUGCAGCCUCGAAAUGACUGCAUACUGGGGAGUCCUAUGGCGGACCCCUUCACCACCUACCCCAUCAGCUAUGCACCCUACGUACCCUUUUUGGUGGAUUAUUUCGUCCGAUUCCUUACUCCACGGUUCAGUCCAGCGCUUGCGGUCGAGACCAGCCGUUACCUCAUUUGGUUCAACGUGGCGAUGCAGAAUGCCGAGCUAUUUCACGCUCUGAUCGCCCUGAGUCAAGUAUACUACAACAUCGACGUCAAGGGGUUCGGCAACACCCACUGGACAGCGCUGUACCACCGUGGCGAAGCACUGAAGCAGCUCAGGUACAAAGUGGAACGGGGCAAGAACGCCGACGACGAUGCUGCCAUCUUGACCGCCCUGUGGCUGAUGGAUGUCGAUGUGGCGCACGGCGAUCUGCACGCCUAUGCAAUGCACAAGCGGGCGAAAGAGAGGAUGGUCUUGACCAGAGGUGGAAUACGGAAACUGAACGCCGAGCUCCAGGACGAGCUAUUGAAGAGCGAAUUCUUCUUACCGCUUCUCCUGCACGGCAGGUUCAUUUGCGAAUUCACCGACGACGACAAUGUUCUGGUGCGUUUCAAAGAAGACCAUCCCGUCAAGCCGGCACAGAUGGGAAGAUUACAGGGACUCUUCGCCGUGAUCGCCAGUAAAGGCCUCAUCACAUCCCAAGCGGUCGAGAUCCUCCAUCGGAUCUUCAGGCAACUUUCGAGAGAGCCGCAGGCUUUGCACAGCGGCAAUCAACAUGAAGGAGGCGAGGAGAGUGAGGGCCUGAGAGGCUCACAACAGCCCCAACCGGUUGACCAAGCCUUCAACGAAAUGAGCCGUGUCCUCCAGAUGACUGACGAAGUUGUUCCACAAUCACUCCACCACAGACUCUUCCUCGCCCUGCUGAUCUAUAUCUUCAACUUCCACAAUCAACCACAGCUCCUGCCUGUAGCGAAGACGCCAUCUUCUGCACCGUCUUCGUCUUCGUCUCCCGCUUCCAUUGGCACAACGACCAAGGCGCGCCAUCCGUAUCUAAGGAUCCUAUCCGACGUGGCUCUGGAGCUCUCACAACCCAGCAACCCAGGCGAUCCGAAGGCAGUCACGGAGCGCGAAGUCACGCUGUGGACCAUGGUUGCGAUCGGCUCCGCGUCGAGCUUCAGCCCAUGGCGGCUCGAGAUCCCGUUCAUGGGGCAUUUGAUCGAGUUGAUGGAGCAGGACACGGCUGAGGAAGAAGACGAGGGGGAUAUGCUGCUGACCAGCAAUCACGGUCCCGUAGGGGUGUUCUCUGCACAAGGACCCCCAGCAGAGGCCGAGGCCGAGACAGCCUCCAUGCCGCCGCCGUCGUCCAGGAGAAACGAUAGAAGAAGAAGCGGCAGCAGCAUCAGGAGCAAGAACCUGGACAAACUCACGGCGUGUCUGAGAGGCUAUUACCUGUACGGCGCGGACAAUAGAACCCUGCGGAGUUUACAGAAAUUGCGGGCUAGAGAGCUGGCUGGCACGGCCCCGGCCACAGGAUCCUCCAUCAUGAGCAGGGCAUGA